GCGAGUGGAAUACCGAUAGUGCUCAUCUUCAGGUGAAGUCGCUAUGAGAGAGGAUGGCCGGACGAUACAAGAGCACGUGGGGGUGGAUGACAAUCAUUGCCUGCUUCAUUGUUUCCUGUGAGACGCAAGAUCGGAAAUAUUGGUACGAGCAGGCGAAGGCCCAUCUGAUGCGAAACCUACGAGACUCUGAGAACACAGCAGUGGCCCGUAACAUAAUACUCUUCAUCGGCGAUGGGAUGGGCCUAACCACCGUCACGACCGCACGCAUUCUACGUGGUCAGAUGGACGGGAAGACUGGAGAGGAAAACCGAUUGGCCUUUGAAGCUUUCCAACAUGUGGCCCUUGCGAAGACUUACAAUGUAGACAGCCAAGUAGGAGAAAGCGGAGCAUGUGCAACUGCACUGCUGUGUGGUGUUAAAGGCCGAUUCGAGACCGUUGGUUUGGACGAUGGUGGGGUCUACAAUAGGUGUGACAGUAGUCUUGGAUCUAGAGUACCGAGUUUAGCUGAAUGGGCUCAAGCAGAAGGUAAAUCUACAGGCCUCGUGACGACGACACGUGUGACGCACGCGACCCCAGCCGCCCUUUACGCCCACACACCCAACAGGUAUUGGGAGAGUGAUGAUAAACUCCCCAAGGAUCUUCAGGCAGAGAGCAACAAAGAGGACUGCAAAGACAUCGCCAGACAAUUAGUUGAAGACAAUCCGGGAAAGAAUUUGAACGUUAUCCUUGGUGGUGGCUGGAGGCAUUUCCUACCUCGAUCUGCAGAGGAAGAUUCUAAGGGCGGAGAGGGUGGAGGAGGAGGUAGGCGAGAGGAUGGCCGCAACCUCAUUGCUGAGUGGCAAAGAGACAAGAAAAAUCGGGGACUUUCUUACAAACACGUUUCUAAAAAGAAAGAAAUGGACAAGCUCGAUUCGGCUAAAGUGGACUAUUUAUUAGGACUGUUUAGCGCCGGUCACAUGGCUUAUGAGUCUGAUCGAGAGAAGGGACCGGAAGGCGAGCCCUCUCUGUCGGAGAUGACCAGAAAAGCUAUUCAAAUACUGAAGAAAAAUCCCAGAGGAUAUUUCCUUAUGGUAGAAGGUGGGAGAAUUGAUCAUUCACAUCACUUCAAUAAUGCACAUCGAGCUCUCGUAGACACCCUUGCUUUAGAAGAAGCUGUGGUCAGUGCCCUUGAAAUGACUCGUCGUGAUGAUACCCUAGUGGUAGUCACUGCUGAUCACUCUCACGUAUUUGCAUUUGGAGGAUAUCCUAAAAGGGGAAAUCCUAUACUAGGUGUGGACGAAAAGCCAUCAGAUGUGGACAACAUGCCAUACACAACCCUACUAUACACCAAUGGACCUGGUUACAAUCAUCAAUUCCCGGGCGGAAGGGAGAAUCUUACUGGAAUUAACAGUGCCGACAAGAACUACAUUCAACAGGCAGCGAUUCCCCGUCGCUGGGCUUCCCAUGGAGGUGAGGACGUACCCGUGUAUGCCCAAGGUCCAAUGGCUCACCUAUUUCGUGGAGUCUUCGAACAAACUUAUGUACCCCAUGCUCUUGCAUUCGCUGCCUGCAUCGGACCCACAAGAGACGGUUGCGACAGGAGGAGACAACUGUCCACAUAUCACAGACAACUGGUAGAAUGUCCUUCACCUCGUACAGAAAAAAGCAGUUCAGAUGUUCUUCAUUUAAGAAGCUCUUGGCCAUUUUUCUUCUGGUGGUCAUGGACUUGGUUCUCUCUAGUGUUUUGUCUCAGGACGACAUGA